CAUUGUGGGUCACGUGACUUCGUGAUGCCGGAAGAGCGCGACCUAAAUUAAAUCGCUCGUGUCCUCUGUCUUGGAUUAUUGCUUUAUGAAAUGUGCGAUUUAAAGUAUUUUAUGAUUUGUCUCUGCUGAUCAUUUAAAUAGGCUACAAAGAGCAAGAGCUUUCUCUUUACAAAGUCAACAAAAUAGCCGAGAAAGAAGCGAAGUAAUUCUUUACCUUGCAGAGUCAUGUGGGAAGUAGAAAUCAGAGGCAUGGCAUCAGCUCACGCCCUCCUCGCCGGCUCUGUGCUGGUAGGAAGCCUGGUGCCUGCUCUCUCUGUGGAGAACUUUUCAGUGUAUGGGACACACUUGGUGUGGCUUUAUUCUGUGUGUGGUUGUGUUGCCAUAGUCAACAUCACUGUGUUUUGGCUUCUCGGCAUCAGUCCACCGACAAAGAAACACACACUGAGCUAUAAGCUUUCUCGACUGAUUAGAUCCUGUGUGUAUUUUCUGCUGUCUUGCCUCUUCUUCCACACUGUGGUUGUUCUGUAUGGGGCAUCUCUGCUGGAGUCAGCUCUGGAGACGUUUUCUCUGGCUGUACUGCUCUCCACUCUCACCACACUGAGGUGUCUGUGUAUGCUUGGGCCAAACGUACAGGCUUGGAUCCGGGUUUUCAGUAGAGAUGGGGCGAUGUCCGUGUGGGACACAUCACUUCAGAUUACUACUGGCUGCAGCGUCGUUGGAGCCUGGCUUGGAGCUUUCCCCAUUCCUCUUGACUGGGACAGACCCUGGCAGGUGUGGCCCGUUUCCUGUUCCCUCGGGGCAACAGGAGGAUUUCUGACAGGGCUGCUAGCUGCUCCGAUCUGGAUCCGUUGGCACCGCAAGCAGCUCACCUACAAACUCAAAUGAAGGACAGGAACUUACAGGCACAGGCCACGUUCUGGAUGAGCGUCUAAGGGCUGCGUUAUAAAUCAUCCCCCUACAGGUUCCUCGUGCUUGCGCCAGCUCUUUUCCAAGUCAUGUCCUCUGAGGUCAAAUGCAGCAAUAGAAAGUAUUUUUUCCUCAGGUUUACAGGUUUAGUUGUUCCUUCAAUCGCUGCAGUGGUUUGAUACAUAUAUACUUGAUCAUUCCGGAUUUCAUUCUUUCUUGUAAUAAAGGACGUAAAAACCCAGACUGGAAAGAGAAACGUUUUGUAAAAGGCAUUGGUUUUGCAACCUCAUGUUGCCGGAUGCGGGUUCCCUUUUUCAAGAAAUAAAGUCUUGCUUCUGUAAAUGUCUGGGGUGUUUGGUUGUGCUCUUUAAGCUGUCUGCAUUUUCUCUCCAGCUCACGCAUGCCUACAGAAGCAAAACUGAAAAUACAGUCAGACUGUUUUCAGUCAUCAGGAUUGUUGUAGUGUGCCAUUCAUUGUCUUGCCCAUGCAAGUUUUUCAUUUUCUGUGCUUCUAUGUUACUUGUUCCGGUGUUAUCACAAUCAUGUUUAGUGUCCUUCUUGGUCACCAAGCUUUGCUCACAAAUGCUUUUUGUCGUUGUUCUCACUCAUUCACUCCCUCCGUCCCAGAGUAAAAUUUGUUCCUGUUUUCUAAGUAGUAAAAGAUUUCAUACCUGUCCCCCCCCCACCUACUGCACAAGGUGUUUCCAUUUU